UUUUUUAUUUUUAUUUUAUUUAUUUAUAUUUAUUUUUGUUUGUUUAUUUAAUUUUAAACCAAAGGUAUUAGGGAUAUUUUACCCUUUAAUGAAUGUCAUUUUUUUAUUAUUGACAAUUGCCCUUGUUAAAAUAAAAUGAACACAAAAAUGAAUAAAGAGGAAAUAAAUUAAAAGAUAGUAAGGUAUGAAAAAAAACUAAUAAGUGAAUGGCAACUGUAACUCUGUAAGAUAAGCGAGGAUUUAAAAUAACAAAAACUAAAUGAAUAAAACUGAAAUAAUUUUAAUUUUUUUUCUUAAAAUGUAAAUAUUAUUAUAAAUUAUUUUAUUUGCUGUAUUUCCGUGACUCCCUCCUCAUACCGAGUCGAUUCGUUCAAGCACGCCGUCGAUCAUCCUCCAAAUAAAAACUUCCCGACGCCUUUGAUCACGGAUCACCGUCGCUCGCUUCUCGUUUUGAUCUCUCUCAAGUCUUGCCGGCGAGACAGAGAAAAAAAAAAUCUAACCCUUCACGGUGAUUGCAUGGCGGCUGUGGAGGAGAACAUAAUCAGAUCAAGUAUCAUUUCUUUUCAAGAUUUCGACAACAUCGGAGACGAAAAAGCGAAAAUGACGAAGAAGCGAGAUUAACGAAGAAAGAGAAGGAAAAAUUGUUUUGACCUUUCGUGCGAAAACAACGGCCCAAUAAACAUGUGCCACAACCUCCUGCUGAACCCAGCGAUGGAGCUGCUCUUAAGAAUCUUUGUUGCACACUUGUUUGUUAUAUGCUGUGUUGGUUGCCGCUCCGUUCGGUUAUACGUCGGUACUGAAAUUUUUUGUUUUCCCAUGUUCCAGAUUACUAAUUUGAAGGAUUUUUUUUUACAAUUGUAUUAAUACAAUUUUGUUAUGAACUAUUAUCUGAAUGUCCAUAUAGGUCCAUAAACUCAUGUUCUAGAGGUUCUAAACCCUUGUAUUGUAUUCUUAUAUAUAUGUAUUGUUGUCUAUGGAAUAAAAAUAAGAAUAACCGAUUUUCUCUUUUUCUCUAUUCACAACACAUUAUCACACACGCCUAAUCCUAGCAGCUUAAAAAAAAUCCCUAGCCACCAAGGAAAAUAAAAUCUAAAACCAUGACGUCUCUGUCGUAACUCAUCCCAAUCAUCGAGAUAAGUAUUCUCAUCUGGGCUCAUAGUUAUUGGUUUAUAGCUUUAUGCUUUGUCAAGUAUGCUGUUUAAAACAUAGCUUGUCGUCAAUCUCUUUUUUUAUUUAGUGCUUCACGAUUAACAUGUUUAAGAUUCAUGAUAUAUAGUUUCGUUUGGUAUUAUUGGUUGAUAUAAAUUUAUGAUAAAAAAAUUUCAACAAAAUUUCAUUAAAAUUUUUAAUACUCAAAUUUAUUACUACCCGGUUUAAUACCUAAACUAAAUAUUUUGAUCAUUUUAAUACAUUUACUUUUAAAACUGUGCCUAUUUUAAUACUCAAACUAUGCUAAUUUUAAUCAAAAGUAUUAAUUCAAACAAAACUUAAAAAAUCUCUAUAAUUCAAAAUAAAAAUUGAAAUUUAAUUUAAAGUUUUAAGAAUAAAAUUAACUAAAUUAUUGAUAAUAUUUUAAAUUUUCUAAAAAAACUGAAUUCUGAACAAAAUAAAUAAAUUAUCUAAAAUUAAAAAAAAAAUUGAAAUUAAAUCAAAAACUAAUAUUAUAAAAUUAAGAUUAUCCAAAAUUUAGUUAAUUUUAUUCUUAAAACUCUAAGUAAAUAUUUAAGUAAAUUUGAAAAUUUUAAGAUUUGUUUUGAAUUUUAGGAGUUUUCUGUGUUUUGUUUGAAAAUUAUUAUUAAAAUGAGCAUAGUUUGAUUAUGAAAAUAAGCACAAUUAUAAAAGGAGUUGACUACUUAAAACCCCCUCUAACCAAACUGAUUCCCCCUAAAAUAAUAGACUCAUCAAAAACCCACCUAAAUUAUUUAAUUCUAACUAUUUCCACAUCCGAAACUAAAAACAUGAAAGUGAGUUCAAUUCUCUAAAAUUGUUUUUGUAAUUAGCGAUUACCCAGGAUCUAAACACCAACCUUAAAUAAACUAACCCAAUAAAAAUACACUAAAUGAAAAAUAAUCUAUACUAUUAAAGCAAAAUCACUCUUAGAAUUCUUCUCUUGCUUUUUAGGAAAAAUUACAAAGUCAUGCCACUGACAUUUAAUUUUAAUAUAAAUAUUAUUUAUUUAACCAAAUAUCCCAUAUAUAUGGUAACUAAUACUCUACACAUAUUUAUGAAUGAUAGUAAGUCUGAAUUUUAUGCAAAUUAUAUUUUAUAUUUAAUUUUUGAUAUAAUUUUUCGUACAUAGUAUUAUUUAACAACUGAAUAUGAGUCUAUACAUGAUUUUUUAAAAUAUUAUUUACUAUGUCAUUUUGUACAUAAUAUUUAUAUGUGAUACACUAAAAUUAUAUUUUGCUACUGUCAAGUUAAAAGUGGCUGUUAUAAUAUUUUAGAUUCAUUCUAGAGGACUAGUUUACACUUUACUUAUAUGCGAUCAAUAUCAAACUAAGACAAUCAAGGUUUUUAAACUAACAAAAUUGUAAAGAACAAGUAACAGAUUGGUUUACAUUUUUGGGUUGAUGAAAACCCGAUGCUUACUAGCCAACCUUGGCUCGACCCUACCAGAUGGGAGAAGCCAAAAUCCUUGUAGAAGUAAAGUUAAAUAAGCAUUUUUCCGUCUAAGGUUGCUAUCGAGGAUGAGAGUCGCUCUAUCACUAUGGUUGAUGUGUUAUACUCAUGGCUGCCAUCUAAAUCUUCUAAUUGCGGUCUUUUGGGACACAAAGCUUCUCGCUGCCUAGGUAAGCUUCCUCCAAGACAACAAUAGAAGCCCUCCACCAAUGCUGACAUUGCUUCAGAUGAUGUCUCAUUGUCCAAACCUUCACCUACUUUGCCUUUAAGUGAACCAGUCUCAUUUAAGUGAAAUUCCAUACUUUUCCUAGUAAACCCUCAUCAAAUAACUCAAUAUGAAUCGCGAAAAAAGUCUAAGAAAAGAUAUCUAAAUAGGUUCAGUCCUAGGCGUAUUAAACGAUUCAAAUUCCAUUUUUUCCAAUAGUAGAGGUCAAUUUACAGUUAUGAAACCUAAAUCGAUCUAUCAAAUUUGAAAGAAGUGGAGAGGCAAAACCCCAAACCGCUUGCGAAUUGCGUGAGCUAAGAGGGAGUGAUUGAGCGGCUUACCCUUGAAGGCUUAAUAAUACAAUUCAACAUUAAGAAAUUUAAAAAAAAAAAACUCAAAACAUACAAUGUCAUAUAUAAGUUUGGGCUAAUAGUUGUUAUGUUACACUAGCUCAAAGCAGCUACAACAGUCUCGAGUUGCAGCAUUGUGAGAGAGUUAUCUUCCAAUCUCUUAUCCUCUUAGAGAAUCACACUGCUACAAUGGUGAUUGAACUGGUGACAGUGGCUGUUAGAAACUAUUUUUUGAACAUUAUGAAUAAUGUAUUCAUCUGUCAAAAAAUGAAUAGCAAAAAUAAAUAAAUAAAAAAAUUUAAAUAAAAACAAAACAAAAAUAUCUUAAUAUAUUAAACAAAUAUUAUAGAAGACAAUAUUACAUCAAACAAGUUAAUACACAAUUUAACAAAAUAAAAUGCAUAAAAUAAAAUUAUAUAAAUAAGUUUUACAAUUAUAAUAACAUUCAGGUAAAUUCGAUCCCGAAUCUAUAAUAUAACCAGAAUAUUUUCCAUAACAAGUUGUUGUAUUCGAAGGUUGUUGUUGUUCUUGAGUUCUUCUCUUUAUGAUCCAUUCUUGUACAGAUCGAAGAAAAUCACGAGUAGUAUGAUCACUAAUAAAUUCUAGGUUUGUUGAAAUGGCAGUAAAUGAAAAUAUUCGAUUUUAACAAUUUUUACAUUGUAAUUUACAAAUACAAAAUAAAAGUUCAUUAUCGCUUCGAAAUGCAAUAAUUGAUUAUAUGUGAGAGCAUUAUGAAGAUAAUAAUUAUGAAUAAUUAUAAAUUUUGAAGUCUUUUAUUUAUAUAUAAUUUUCUAUUAGAACGUAAUGGUUUAUUAAAAAAUAUUGUUUAUAAUAUUUUUGUUGUAUGAUUUUAGUUUAAAAGUUUUAUGCUCUUAUUUGGUUUUUUCCUAAAGUAAAAAACAUAAUGUAAAAAUAUAAAAAAUUAAGGCUUAUUAAAGUUUAUUAUUAGAGAAGAACAUCCUCAAAUUUCAAAUAUAAGAUUCAGCAAACCUAAAAUAUAAGGUUGCUCUUAGAGAUGGAAGACGACGUUUGGCUUUGGUUUAGGGUUUUGGUUAUGCCUCUCCACUUGUUCUACUAGUUUAAGAUGAUACACUUUUGCAUAAUUUUUCACUAUAAUAAUCGUUUUGCCUUCAAAAGUAACUCAAAAUUUCAUGUUUGAUAAGUAAUGCAUGAGUAGUCGUUCAAAAUAUUUUAAAAAUAAGUUUUUUGUAAACAAAUAAUCACACGUUUAUUCGACAUUAAAAUAUCAAAAUCUAAUUAGACAACUAAUUCUCAUUAGAAAAAGGAUUUUUAACGUUAAAACUUCUCAACUAAGUUUAUUUUGGGUAAAAACCAUCAAAUUAAAUAUUUAACGAAAAAAAUCCCACAAACUAACUUUAUUUAAUGAAUUAAACCCUAACAGAUCAUAAUUACCAUUACUACCGGUAAAUCUUUAGUUUAUGAAUUUCUACAUUAAGUAAACAUAAUUGAGGAGUUUUAUCAUUAAAAAUGUUUUUAUAAUAUUAUCUAAAACUUAGUAACUUAAAUUUUCAAAAUUAGCAUUUUUUAUUUUUUUUUGUAAAUAUAUGAGUUUGAUGUGUUUUUAACAUCAACAUUAUAUAUAACAAAUUAAAAAUGUAAAAACCCAGAAAAUAUAAUAAAAAUUAUCUAAAGAUUUAUAUGAAAUAAAACAACUAAAAGAAUAAAAAUGUAUAAAACAAGAAAAUAAAAUCAAAAUUAUAUCUUAUCUAAUAAAAUGUAAUAAUAAAUCUUUAGAUAAAUUUUAUUAUAGUUUCUGGGUUUUUAAAUUUUAAAUAUAUACAUAUAUAAUGUUGAUGUUAAAAACACAUCAAACUCAUAUAUUUACAAUUUUUUUUUAAAUGCUAAUUUUGAAAAUUGAAGUUACUAAUUUUCAUAUAACAUUAUAGAAUUGAAUUUUAUUUUUAUUUUUUGGAUUUUUAAUGGCAAAACCCCUUAAUUAUGUUUACUUAAUAUAGAAACCCAUGAACUAAAGAUUGACCGGUAAUAAUGAUAAUUAUGAUCUGCUAGGGUUUAUUUCGUUAAAUAAAGUUAGUUUGAGGAUUUUUCAUUAAAUACUUAGAAAAAUGAUAUGAUCCAAGACCAAAUUAUCUAUCUUCCAUGUAAGUUUAUAUUGGGCCAUAGCCUAAGUUAUUUUAUUUUAUUUUUGUCAACAGCCUAAGUUAUUCAACCCAUCAAAUUUCUAAUUCGAUAACAUUUAAAGUACUUUUUAUUCAGCAAAAUGAUGAAUAAUUAUAAAUACAUAUUUUAAGUAAUAAAGAUUACAAGUUUAUAAGUUAAACUUACCAAUGGUUUUUCGAACCUUAAAUCCAAUAUCCUAAACCCUAAAUUUAAUACCCUAAUCCCCAAACUUAAAAUUUAUUGUUCUCACCAUCUUAUAGUUUUUCUUUUUGUCAACAUGUAUAUAGAUAUAUAUAUAUAUAUGUAUAUAUAUAUUCAUAAUUUUUUAUCUAUAUAUUUUGUAAUUUAAUUAUUAAAAAAUAUUAUACCAAAUUGUUUUUUUUUUGUGAAAUCAUUAUUGAAAGUCACAAAAGAGUCGCUAACUAAAUACUCGUUAAUUUUGUGUCUAAAGAGUCGUUAAUUGGAUAAUUACUAAUUAUGUAUCUAAACAGUCCCUAAUAUACAACCACGGAAAGGCAGAGUAAAAUGGUCUCAAAUUUGCGACUAUUUUGAGACGAAAAAAAUUCUGACCAAAUAUUUGCGAUUACCACUUUGAGUAGCUACAUAGUCACCAAGAAUGUAUUUGCCACUAUUUUGUGACGCAUCCGGUGGUGGAAAAUGAUGUGUUUUCUAAUAUUUAUCGACUUGUGCUACUGAAUUAAUAAAUAUUAAUUAAUAAUAAAAAAAUUAUUUAUUUUAUUAAAUAAUUUUCUAUUCAAACUUACCAUCAUUUUCUAAAUAUAUUCUAUUAAAGUGAAAUACUUUUUAGAAAUAACCCUUCUUUCAUCUUACGAAUUACAAAUUGUGACACUAACUAAUAAUUGUUAAUUAAUCAACAAUUAUUUAUUUUGUUAGAUUAUUGUCUAUCCAAACUUACCAUUAUUCUCUAAAUCUGUUAUAUUAAAAUUGAAGUAGCUUUUAGAAAUAACUCUUCUCUCUUUUUAAUAAUUACAGCUUGUGCCAGUUAAUUAAUAACUAUAAUUAAUCAAAAAUAUUUUAUUUUGUUAGAUUACUCUUUAUUCAAACUUAACAUUAUUCUCUAAAUCAAAUGAUUCUCUAACCGGGUUAUUUUCUAACUAAUUUUUACAAUAAAAUUAAACAGAUUUAUUUAAGAUGUCACAUACAAACUUUAAUUUUUAUAUAUGCAUGUAUAUUAUUAUCUCAUUUCACAUCAAAUAUAAACUAUAAUUUUUAUUAGAACAUAUAAAGUUAUUUUUCAAAUAUAUGUUAAAAAUUUUGAUAUUUGGCAUUUAAAUAAAUUUAAAUUUAAUAUUUUCUUAAGAAUUAACGUAGAAGUGGAAUUUAUUUAGCAUAUAAAUAACUUAGAGACAUAUAUGUCUAACUUAUUAAAACAGAAGUACAUUUUAUUUGACACAAAAUAUUGUAUUUUGGAAAUAUAGAUUUAUUAAUAUACAUAAACAUACUAAUUUAUGUUUUGGUUUAUCUAUAAAUACAUCAAAAUGAUUAAUGUAGUUAAGAAAUAUUAACUGAAAUAUAUGUUGUAUAACAUAUUAUUUUGAUUGUUUUAAUAACCAAUCACAAUAUAAGCAAACAAAAAAUUAUAGACAAUUAAAAAUUGUCUAUUUAUCAUAAAUGUUAUAUACUAUAAAUCGAACAAACAUCCAGGAUUCAUGUUUGUGCAACCAUUACAUUAUUAUGUUUGUGAAGAAUUUUAUAUGUCUAUUCUAUUAAGAAAACACAUGUACGGAUGUACGGGUUAAGCUCUAGUUUAAACAUUAAAACAAUAAACGACAAAAUAUUUAAUCAUAAGUGUAAUGUGUAACUGUAAGGACUAAAAUGCAAAUAAAAAUACGAAACUUCAAAUUUGAUGUUUUGAGUAGUGGCACUUCAAAUAUGAAGUCUUACUGUUCAAAAGUUUAAAUUUGAAGUUUUGGAGUUUUUUUAGAAUAAAACACUUCAACUUUGAAGUUAUACUAUGUUUUUUUCUGAUUGAUGACUUAUUCCUUUGAGGAGACUAAUUGUUUGUUGGUUUAUAGAUAUCCUAAAGGUCACCACGUUCAUGUGAUGAGGAAGGCCAGUUGCAAUAUUGAACAUGUUAUACUUUUGUUUCUGCUCUUUAACAUAUCUUAUUAUGGCACGAUCAGUAAGUCAUGUUUAGACUUUUUCUUCGACGUGUUAUAUAUGCUUUGGUUUCUUGGCUUUAAAUAUGUCCAAGUGUUCGUUUCUAUCGUAUGAUUUUGGAUAAAGACAUACAAGCCAAAGACUUUUUCCUCCAUUGAAAAGUAGCGGGUAAAUCAAUCAGUCUUAUGGUUAGUAAAUUAGUAGUUAGUGCUACUAGCCUAGUAGUAUUAUAGACAAAUGGGUAUAAGCAUGUAUGAUCUUACAAACCCUCACAAUCAUUUCCUUCUUGUUUUUUAAACUCCUCACCAUCAUUUCCAAAACCAAAAUCCAAGAGCUUUUCUUCAUUUUUCUUAUUUUCUUCUUUGUAAACGAUGGGUUGGCUUUCGUUUUUGAAUCUUCUAAAGGAAGUUGUGGGUAUGUUCAACGAAUCCCGCAAACUCUUUCUCAAGAACAAGAAGUUGAUGUUCUCUGUCUUGGUAUUUUCUCUCUUGCUCAAUGGUUUAGUUUACUUGUUCAACAUCCUUACCAUUACACUCGAGAUAACAAACUUGACUCAACAUUUAAAGUUGUUACCUACGAUGGAUCCAAGCAGUGCGGAAUACAUAGCCCUACUUAUGGAAGUUUUUGCAGAAUUUGGCCUAUUUUUUGUUUCUUCAGACAUCUUUGGCGUUUUCUAUUUCAUCAUCAACCUUUUAUCCGUUCUAGUCAUCGUCCACGCUUCGGCUCUUACUUAUAAUGAUGAGAACGUCAACUUCAAAGAUUUUGUGGUUCUGUCCCUUAAAUCUUGGAAGGGACCUCUAGUGACCUAUUUCUACAUUUGUCUCUUCAGUCUUGGCUAUUGGUUGUUCUUCGUUACAAUACUUUUCCCUCUCCUUUUCUUAAGUACUGCUUCAUUGAUUUCCUUCGCAGCCGUGACCUGCGUUUUGCUUGUUCUGUUCGCAUUGUUUGCGUCCUAUCUAGCUAUCGUCUGGUACCUAUCUCUGGUCGUAUCGGUACUCGACGAAACUUAUGGGAUACAAGCGUUGGGGGAAGCUGUAAAGAUUGCUAAAGGGAUGAAGCCAAAACUAUUCCUCUUGAAUCUUUUCUUCGGUUUAUUGAUCUUCGGUUUAGCUCAGAUCGAGACUCUAGUGAGUCUAGUGAUGUCAACAUUUGUGGUGAUGUUUCUACUUAUGACUUACACCGUUGCAUUUUUUCAAUGUAAGGGCCACCACGGCCAAGACGUUGAGUCGCUGAGGGAUGCUGAAUAUACGACACUACCAACUACUUCGCUUAUGGGAGCAUUGCCUUGAAAACUUUAAAGAGACUGACAUAAUAUGUUAAUAGUCUCGUGAAUGGAUUGCUUGUUUUUUGUUUCCUUUUGUUUUGGGAUUUAGUAAACUACUAGAUUUUGACCCGUGCAACCGCACGGGUGUUUGUUUUCACUUUUCUAUACAUAAAUUAUUGUUUUAGAACAUAAGUUGUAUAUAUUUUUAAUGUUAAUCAUAUACUUAAAUAUUUAUAUAACUAUUUCAAAUACAAUAAUUUUAUAAUUUACAUAUUAUAAUUAAUU